AUGAUGUGGACCAAUAAACACAAUGAAGUGUUGGUGCAAGAAACGUACCUGUUUGAACCGUGGAAUUUCAAACGAGGGAGUAAACAAAGGGGCCAAGUUUGGGAAAGAAUAAGUGACUCCCUGAAUCAGUAUGAAUCUCCUAAGUUUACAGUAAACGAGAAGUCAGUACGUGAUCACUUCAUUUUCCUGGAGAAAGAACAAAAGAAGAAAGUAAGAGAAGAAGAAAAAGCCAGUGGUAUUGCUCCAUUGCAUACAUCAUUUGAUGAGUCCAUGGCUGCCAUAAUUCAACAUUUUAGAGAGACAGAUGCUGAAGACCAGCAGCAAGAUGCCGAAAAGAGGGGAAAGGCUGAUGAAGAGACUGCAAAGGCAGUAGAAAUGCGAAAAUCUUCAAUGGAGACUUUUGCCUAG